AUGAGUAGAAUUGAUAGAUUUCUUGUAUCGGACAAAGUGGUGAAUGAUUGGGGAGUGGUGGGUCAAUUGGUAGGCGAGAGAGAUGUUUCCGAUCAUUGUCCCAUUUGGCUAGAAGUUGAUAAUAAUAAUUGGGGUCCUAAAACGUUCAUUUUUAAUAAUGAGUGGUUUACUUUUGCUUCCUUUUUUCCUUUUGUGGAGAAGGAAUGGAAUGCUUUUAGGGUGGAAGGAAGAGGGGAUUUCGUGUUAAAAGAAAAGCUUCGUCUUCUUAAAGAAAGGCUUAGAUGGUGGAAUAAAGAAGAGUUUGGAAAGAUAGAUUUGGAAGUUGAAGAAGGAGUAAGGGAUAUCAAUUUAGGGGAUGAUAGAUUGGAAUUGGAAACAGAGGAUCUUCAUCUUGGCAUUCUAAAGGAUAGGAAGGAAGCCACUAGUCGGUUUUGGUCUAAAUUUAGAAUUAAAGAGAAUAUGUUAGUUCAAAAAUCAAGAGUUAAAUGGUUAAAUGAAGGCGAAUCCAAUAGAGGUUUUUUCCAUAAGGUGAUGAAAGAAAGAAGAAGAUAUAAUCACAUUGGUCCUAUUAAUUCUCCAGAGGGAAUUAAGAAAAUGGUGAAUGAAGUAAAAGAGGAAGUUGUUCGUCACUUUUCUAAUAAAUUUGGAAGAGUGGAAGGAGUUACACCUAGUCUUGACGGAAUUCUUUUUGACAAGAUUAGUGAGGAAGAUAGAGGAUGGUUAGAAAAUCCUUUUCAAGAGGACGAAAUCAAGGAGGAAAUAGGCGGAUGCGGCAUAUUGAAAAGCCCGGGACCCGAUGGGUUUUCUUUUCUCUUUAUCAAAAGAUGUUGGUCUUUUUUAAGAGUAGACUUUUUGCGGUUCUUUGAUAAUUUUUUUGAGGGAGGCAUGUUGUCCAAGGCGGGUAACAUCUUCUUUCUUGGCUUUGAUUCCGAAAUCUUCUAA